GCAGAGUGACUCUAAAAGUCUCAAUUGUUCAUAAUGUAAUACGUGUUUUUUUUCAAUAAUAAGUAUAUAACAACAUUACAGUAUUCUUGCAAACAAAAUAGUCUCCAAAUGAUAGUACUUUUUGUUACAGAUUCCUGGUGUUGUACUUGAACAAAUAUUUCUGAGUUUGUGUGUAAUUAUAGAGCCAAGUGGAAUGAGUUAUCCUAACAAGACUAUCCCCUUAUAAUUGCGUCGGCUACUCUUAGGUAGAAAGUAUAAUCUAUUGGAGGCAUAAAAUGGAGAUUUUGGAUAUUGCUUUACAUUACCCGGUGCUAUCAAGUGUAACAUUGAUUUGUACUGCUGCAUGGCUUUACUCAUAUUUUACUUGCGGAGUCUGUAAAACCAAAGCAAGAAUGGAUGGAAAAACGGUAAUCAUAACAGGAUGUAAUGCAGGAAUUGGUAAAGCAGCAGCUUACGAUCUUGCGAGAAGAGGGGCCAGAGUAAUAAUGGCUUGUCGGAACAUGGAAAAGGCUAAUUUAGUAAGAGACAGCAUCAUUGAGAGCACAAAGAACACAAAUGUUGUAGUGAGACUCUUAGACGUGAGUUUGCUGAGUUCUGUCCGCAAGUUUGCUGAAGAGAUCAACCGCACAGAGAGGAGACUAGACGUGCUGAUACAUAAUGCUGGAAUGUCUAUCUCGGGCAGAAACGUUACUGAGGAGGGCCUUCAACUCGUCUGGGCCACCAACCACUAUGGACCCUUCCUGCUCACUCACCUGUUAAUAAAUCUACUAAAGAAAACUGGAAACAGUAGAGUUGUAGUUGUCUCGUCAAUUCUACAUAAGCAGGGAUGUGUUGACCCAAGAAAUCCUAAUCCAGUGGAGGAGACAAGUAUGUCAAAACUGUAUAAAACAACAAAGUUUGCUAACGUGAUAUUCGCAAAUGAGCUAGCUCGGCGACUAGAGGGAACAGGAGUCACUGUCAACUCUCUACAUCCAGGGAUCAUAUACACAAACAUUUUCAACCCAGCUAAAUUCUGGAUUCACUUACUAAUGAUACUUUAUAGGCCUUAUACAAAGAGUGAGGAGCAAGGGGCCCAGACCACUAUAUAUCUCGCAGUGUCGGAAGAGGUACAGGGAGUCUCUGGAAAGUAUUUUGUAGACUGUAAGGAGGCUUCUCCAGCGAAGAAGACUUUAGAUGUGGGAUUGGCCAAGAAAUUCUGGGAAGCGAGUGUAGACGUUGUCCAGUUAAAAUCUUCUGACCCCCAGAUAUAACGGACACCGGCCGUCAUUGUUAGUAAACUAAUGUCUUAGACAGUAAUACAUGUUUGAAUAUUUCAUUAGAUUUAUAUUAACUGUAAAUAUGUUUUGAAUAUUUUGAAUUCUAGUUUAUAUAUAAAUUAAAAUAUGUUUCCUAUUACUAAAUCUAACA